AUGGAGGUUGGAGCCGCGGCUCGGGGCCGGACGGAGCUCCCGGCGUUGCAGUCGGCCGGCCGGGCGAGGCUGGAGGACGGGGUUCCCGGAGUGUCCCUCGCUCCUCCAGCUCCACCCCCGCCGGGCUCCCGGGACUCGUGGGAGGCCGAGGAGGAGCCGGGGCCCCGCACCAGCCGCACGGCGUCUCUGGUAAGCGGGCUGCUCACCGAGCUCUACAGCUGCCCCGAGGAGGAGGAGGCGGCCGCGGCAGGCGGCGCUCGCGGCGGGCCUGGGGGCCACGGGCGGCGGCACCCCGACAGCCCGGACAGCUCCACCGAGGCCUCGGGCUCCGACGCGGUCCUGGGCGGCCGCGGGGUCGGCGACUCCCGCGCGCUGCAGGAGCUGCGGGAGCGGCCGAGCCAGGAGCUCCAGAGGAGGUACCUGCGGCAGAAAGACCUUAAUGAGCUGAAGAUGAUCCUUCAAGAGCUGAAGUAUAGAACUGGAGUCCAGUCAGCCAAGUUACUCCGGCAGCUGAAGCAGAAAGAUCGGCUUCUACACAAAGUGCAGAGGAACUGUGACAUUGUGACCGCCUGCUUGCAGGCAGUGUCGCCGAAGAGAAGUAAGUGUGGUGGAGCUGGAGACCACCAGUUUCCCACCAAAGGAAUUCAAUUCAUUUCUAGACACAGUUGUUGGCAUGUUAAUGUCAAGUAGGCAGUCGCUGGGUUUUGGAUAUUUCAGAAAGUUCUGCACAUGGAAGCUUCUACCCUCAGAACUAAGAACUAUGAACAGCUCAGACAGCUUCUUUUUAUUUUUAUUUUUUGCUUUUCAGUUAAAGUGAAUACUUUGUCUGAUGCUAAAAUUUUAUUAUUCCAGAUUUGAGAUAGUACUUUAGUGGUUGUUCAUACCUGUUGCCCAAUAAUGACUCAGAUUGUCCUGGUUCAGAAAGCAUCGAAAAGAUUCAAGUUAAAAGUCACAUCUUUGUUCCCUUGACCUCUGUGUUGUUCUAAUAAGUGAAUUAAACAAUAGACAGAAAAAAGGAAACUCUAGUGAGAGGAUCUAAUGAUGUGCUCUGCAAUCUGAAAAGGACAAAAUAUAUGAGCUAAUGGAACCUGUCUGUUGGGUAAUGAGUGUUUUUUAUGUUAUGUGAACAAUAAAUCACUAAAUUAAUAAUGUAUCUUAAAUACAAGAUGUUAAGGCUUAUGAAUUAAUUUUACAGUUCUCCAUGAAAUAGUUUUAUAUUCUAUUCUAACAUUUCCAUUUUG